AUGAUCGCAGUGCAACGAACAGCAUGCUGCUUGCUUGCCGUGGGGACACUGAUCUUAAGCUUCCCGGUCGACCGAGCGCUGGGCGAAGAUAAACAACUGCAUUCGUUCCGCAAAAAGCAACUCACCAAUGUCUUCUACGGCGAAGGCGCCAACAUCGGCGACUUCAAUCACGACGGCAAGAUGGACCUUGUCUCGGGGCCUUACUGGUACGCAGGCCCCGAGUUCAAGGAGCGGCACGAGUACUACACGGCCAAGCCGUAUGACAAGGCUGGCUACUCUGACAAUUUCUUCACUUUCACCGACGAUAUCAACGGCGACGAGUGGGACGACAUUCUGGUCAUUGGCUUCCCCGGUAAGGAAGCUUUCUGGUACGAGAACCCGCAAGGGGGCAGUGGCCUGUGGCCACGUCACGAGGCGUUUGACGUCGUCGACAAUGAGUCGCCCACGUACCUCGACCUGACGGGCGACGGAAAGAAAGAACUCGUCUUCCACACCCGAGGGCAAUUCGGUUGGGCCGGUCCCGAUCCUUCUGACCCGACCAAGCCCUGGCAGUUUCAUCGCAUUUCGCCCCCGGGGCCCUAUCCCAAGUUCACGCACGGAUUGGGCGUAGGCGACGUCAAUGGUGACGGCAAGAUGGACAUCCUCGAGAAGAACGGAUGGUUCGAACAACCGGCUCAAGGGGCCGCCAACACCGACGAGAUGUGGAAGCGACACGAGUUCAGCUUCAGCGGCCCCGGUGGUUCGCAGAUGUAUGUCUACGAUGUCAACAACGACGGGCUUAACGAUGUGAUCACGUCGCUGGCCGCGCACGCCUAUGGGUUGGCCUGGUACGAACAAGUCGAAUCCGACGGUGAGAUCGACUUCAAGAAGCACGUCAUCAUGGGGCAGAAGCCGGAGGAAAGCCCAUACGGCCUGGUCUUCUCGCAGUUACACGCCGUGGAACUCGCCGACAUGGAUAGCGAUGGUGUGCUCGAUAUCGUCACCGGCAAGCGACAUUGGGCCCACGGUGGUCACGACCCCGAUGGCAACCUGCCUGCCGUUUCGUACUGGUUUAAAACUGUUCGCCACGACGACGGCAGUGUGAGCUUCAUCCCCUACCAAAUCGAUGAGAACUCCGGGGUCGGCACCAUGGUCGCCGUAGGAGACAUCAACGGUGAUGAUCUCAUCGACGUCAUCGUGGGCAAUAAGCUGGGCACAUUUGUGCUGAUCCACGAAACCAAGGCCGUUUCGGACGAGGAAUGGCAAGAAGCUCAACCCAAGCGCGUCGACGGGCAAGCCGAUGCUGGCUCUCAGAAACCUGACAAGAAUGCGGGCGUGCUACCCAAAGGAGCCGAUGGAAACCCGCUUAAUCUCGACUUUGAAAGCGGGACACUUGAAGGCUGGGUGGCCGAGGGCGAUGCGUUUGAAAACCAGCCGAUCGACGGAGACACCGUUGCUAGUCGACGUGGCGAUAUGAGCAGCCAACAUCAAGGUCGAUAUUGGAUCGGUACCUUCGAAGUUGGGGGUGACAAACCGAAAGGCACCCUUACGUCUGCCCCGUUCAAGGUCACUCAGCCCUUCGCCAGCUUUCUUGUGGCCGGUGGCCACUGGACCACGUCUCGUGUGGAAUUGGUGAGUGCCGAAACUGAGGAGCCUUUCUACGUUGUAUCCGGUGAAGACACCGAGAAUUUGGGUCGGGUGGUAGUCGACCUGAAGUCUCAACUCGGCAAGGAGAUGUUCGUCCGCAUCGUCGAUCACUCGAUUCGUGGAUGGGGUCACAUCAACUUCGACGACUUCCGCUUUCACGAAGAAGAACCCAAGUUCGAAAACGUCCGUCGCAUCGAGCCGCUCGAUGAAUACGCCAACGCAGGUUUAGAGCCUGAAGAAGCCGCCGCAGCGAUGACCGUGCCCGAGGGCUUUUCGGUAACUUGUUUCGCCGGCGAGCCUGAUGUUCAUCAACCGAUUGGUUUCACAAUCGACGAUCGCGGCAGACUUUGGGUCGCCGAAGCUUAUUCCUAUCCUCAGCGAUUGCCGGAGGAUGAAGCCCGCGACCGGAUCUUGAUCUUUGAAGACAAUGACGGUGACGGCAAGUUCGACAAGCGAACCGUGUUCACCGAAGGGCUUAAUCUCGUAAGCGGCCUUGAAGUCGGUUUCGGUGGAGUCUGGGUCGGCGCCGCGCCGAACUUCAUGUUCAUCCCAGACCGCAACCAGGACGAUAAGCCCGAUGGCCCGCCGGAAGUGCUGCUAGAUGGUUGGGGGUAUCACGAUACUCACGAAACGCUUAACGCUUUCAUCUGGGGGCCCGACGGUUGGCUCUACGGUUGCCACGGUGUGUUCACGCAUUCAAUGGUUGGCGUUCCCGGCACCCCGAAAGAAGAACGCAUCCCACUCAACGCGGGCAUCUGGCGUUACCACCCCACAAAACAUGUCUUCGAAGUCUUCGCCCACGGAACCAGCAAUCCUUGGGGCGUCGACUUCGACGACACGGGACAGUCGAUCCUCACUUGUUGCGUCAUUCCGCAUUUGUUCCACGUCAUUCAAGGUGCCCGCUACCGCCGCCAAGCCGGGCAGCAUUUCAAUCAGUUCACUUACGACGACAUCAAGACGAUCGCCAAGCAUCGCCAUUGGGUUGGAGCCACACCGCACUUGGGCAAUAACCGCUCCGACCGCGCAGGCGGCGGGCAUGCGCACAGUGGGGCGAUGAUCUACCUCGGGGGCACAUGGCCCGAGGAGUAUCGCAACAAAGUUUUCAUGAACAACAUCCAUGGCAACCGUUUGAACGUUGACCAGAUCGCGCGAAACGGCUCUGGGUUUGUCGGCGAUCGGUCUCCCGACUUUCUACUGGCAAACGAUUCGUGGUCGCAGUUGAUGAACUUUCGCUAUGGUCCAGACGGUCAGGUGUACAUGAUCGACUGGUACGACAAGAACGCCUGCCACCAUCCCAAGUACUCGGUGCACGACCGCACCAAUGGCCGGAUCUUCAAAAUCGCUUACGGUGAGACUGAUCCGGUCGAUGUCGAUCUGAAACAGCUUAGCAACGAAGAACUGGUUGCCUUGCAACUCGAUGAGAACGAUUGGUACGUCCGCCACGCGCGACGGAUUCUGCAGGAGCGAGGUCCCAACGAGGCUGUUCAUGCGGCGCUGACCAAAAUUGCCUUUAAAAACCCUGACAUCACACGGCAACUACGCGGACUGUGGGCUCUGCACGUUACGGGUGGUUUGACCAGCGAACUGAUCGAUCGCGGUCUGAACAGCCCUGAAGAAAUGGUAAGAGCUUGGACGAUUCAGUUGGCCUUGGAAGAUCGCCAAGCCUCCGAUGAACUUCUCUCACAGUUGGUCGAAAUGGCGGGCAACGAUCCUUCACCGGUCGUACGACGAUACUUGGCUUCGGCAGCCGAUCGGUUAGGAAUCGACGAGCGGGUCGAAAUCGUGCGGGCGCUUGUCAGCCACGACGAAGACGCAGGAGAUCACAACCUACCUCUCAUGUAUUGGUACGCCCUGGAGCCCAUCGCCGGGGAGAACAUGCAACUCGGUUUGGAAAUUGCCGCCGCGGCGAAGCUUCAGCCCAUCCUUGCGUACACCGUUCGCCGCAUCGGAUCUAGCGGCGAGCCGGAGGCCGUCGACUUGCUCGUUGAUAAUCUGGCGAAAAUGUCCGACGAAGCUUCGCAACGCACGGUGCUGGCCGGACUGAGCGAAGCUCUUAAGGGUCGUCGUCAGGUGGAGAUGCCGAAAAGUUGGCCUAAAACAUUCCGUGAAAUGGCCAGCACAGCUCCGGCGGAUAUUCGUUCGGAGCUAAUGUCGCUGGCUGUGAAGUUCGGCGACCCGAUGGCUCUGGCAGUUAUGCGAGAACUCGUGGCCGACGGCGACGCCGAAUUGGCCACCCGCCGCACUGCGCUGGCCUCCUUAGUCAGUGCCAAAGACCCGGAACUCCCCGAGCUUCUGCACGCAUUGUUGGAAGACGAAGCUCUGCGUGGCGGAGCCCUACGUGCUCUGGCCGGCUACAACCACCAAGACUCGCCGGCGAAGAUCAUUACGGUCUACCCCAAACUCACGCAGUCUGAGAAGCGAGACGCACUGAACACGUUAGCCGCCCGAAGCACAACAGCAUUAGCCAUGUUGGCGGCUGUGGGCGAAGACAAGAUCCCCAGCCGCGACCUUACUGCCGACCUGAUUCGGCAGCUUCGCAACCUGAAAGACAAGAAUAUCGAGGAACAGAUCACCACCGUGUGGGGCACAGUACAGGAAUCGAGCGAAGACAAGGUGGCACUCAUCGCCCGAUACCGAGAGCUGCUCGAGAAGAAGCCGGAAACCGAGCCCGAUGUGGCCCUGGGGCGAUCGGUCUUUAACAAGACGUGCGCCCAAUGUCAUAAGCUGUUCGGCACUGGGAAGACGGUUGGCCCGGAAAUCACGGGUUCGAACCGUGCGAACUUGGAAUACGUGCUAACCAACGUGCUCGAUCCCAGCGCCUUGAUCGGCAAAGACUACGUCGCACAGGUGAUCAUCACCGACGAUGGUCGCGUCGUGACCGGCAUCGUACGACAAGAGACGGAAGAUGCCUUGGUAGUUGCCACGGCCAACGAGACGAUCGUUAUCCCUCGCGAUGAGAUCGACGAGAUGGAACCGAGCACCAAGUCGAUGAUGCCCGACGAUAUUCUCAAGCCGCUCUCAGAGAACGAAUUGCGAGCCUUGGUUGCCUAUCUGGCCAGCCCGCAGCAGGUGCCUAUGCUGGCUACCGUGGACAACGCCGGUAGCUUCUUCAACGCUGUCGACCUUACCGGCUGGCAGGGCGAUACAUCGCUGUGGAGCGUUGAAAAUGGCGAGCUGGUUGGCCGCACCAAAGGAUUGGGCCACAACGAGUUUCUCGUCAGCGAUUUCUCAAUCGGCGACUUCCGCCUGAAAUUCGAAGUGAAGCUAGUCGACAACCGCGGCAACAGCGGCGUGCAAUUCCGCAGCAAGUCACUCGAAGGCGGUUCCGUCGAAGGCUACCAGGCCGACAUCGGCGUUGGCUGGUGGGGCAAGCUGUACGAAGAACAUGGUCGUGGCUUGCUUUGGAAAAAGUCGGGCGACGACCUGAUCCGCCCGGGCGAGUGGAACACGUACGAAAUCGUGGCCGUCGGCGACCGUAUUCGCACCUACCUCAAUGGCAAGCAGUCCGUUGAUUUCGUCGACCCGACCGGAGCGAAGCGGGGAAUCAUCGCCUUGCAGCUCCAUUCAGGCGGCCCCACGGAACUCGACGCAUUUUUGAAAUGCUGGGCGGUUGUUACGAUGGGCGUGUGGUCAUUUUGGUGUGGCCGCCACCUGUUGUAG